CAUACUCAUACCUCCACAGAAAGUCAGAGAAACUCAACAAGAACAGACACAGGCACCAACACCCACAGAUUCACACCACAGACAGACUCAGAGCCAGUAUGGGAGACCUGCAGAUCGAGAUGCUCCAUGGUAAGGACCAGGGAUCGCAGCUCCUCCACCACCCAGACAGGGUAACGGUAGAAGGGCUUAUCCAUCAGUCUCUGGAGGCCAAGGAGUUUUCCUACUGUCCCUACAGCAAUUUCAGGGUCGGGGCUGCCCUCCUGGCCCACGAUGACAGAGUGUUCACAGGUUGCAAUGUGGAGAACGCGUGUAACAACCUGGGUGUGUGUGCAGAGAGGAACGCCAUCGCUAAAGCAGUGUCAGAGGGACGCCGUAGCUUCAAGGCCAUCGCUAUCGCCAGUGAUUUACAUGACCAGUUCAUCUCACCAUGCGGUGGCUGCAGACAGUUCAUGAGAGAGUUUGGGGCCAACUGGGACGUGUACCUGACCAAGCCAGACGGCUCAUUCAUAGAGAUGAAAGUCAGCGAGCUGCUUCCUGUCUCCUUCGGUCCAGAAGACCUAUCCAUGAAGAAAGUCGUCAAGAUCCCCAACGAGUAUUAACCCGUUAUAACAACCACUGGAGGGGGGGGGGGGGGGAUAAGCAGGUGUGUCCAAUUUUAUACUUAAGUUUAAAAUUAUCUAUAUAUUUUACACAAAUCUUUGAUAUAAGGUAGAUUGGGGGUAACGGGAUGGAGAACUCCAAUCCAGAAAAAUGACAUUUUAUGUAGCACGUGAGGACUGGACAGUAGUGCUAUGUCAACAAUGUAUAUUUAUGCAUUUUCAUUGUUCAUGUGUAAUCGAGAUUUCAGUAUGUUAUUGACAGUACAUUGAUCAAUUUGUAUCCAUGUAUAAUAUUUUGUCACACUUUGCUGGUAUCUUUAUUCCACAUCAAUCUAUUACUGUGAGUGAUAAAGAUUUAGAAAAUGUUUAUUAAUGUUAGGAAGCAUAGUUACAUCAAAUAAAUAACAGCACAUCAAAUAA